AUGAAAUCGCUGUGGAUUGCUAGUUUCGCCUUUCUGGUUUGUCUAACACCAAAACUAAGAGCCCAGUUUAUUGAUCCCAAUUGCGGAACUACCAUCAAUCUUCCGCCCACGAAUAGAAUCGUUGGAGGUAGAACUGCAGAUAUAGGAUCUAAUCCGUGGUUGGCCUACUUGCACAAAAACUCGUCUUUAGUUUGUACAGGCACAUUGAUCACAAAAAGGUUUGUACUCACCGCAGCGCACUGCCUGCACAGCUUCCAUUUGUUAACGGUUCGCCUUGGGGAAUACGACACAUCGACACGCAUCGAUUGUACAUCUGAGUUCUGUAUUCCGACGUAUGAGGAGUACAGCGUAGAGAACGCCUACAUCCAUACAUUCUUCGGUGGAAGACAAGACAGUCGCAACGACAUUGGAUUGCUUAAACUAAAUGGAACCGUCGUUUACAAAUUGUUCAUUCGACCAAUUUGUCUGUUCCGGGAUCCAGGCCAAGUACCUUAUAGUUCCACCUACGAGGCCGCUGGAUGGGGUAAGAUUGAUCUAAUCAACACCGCCACAGUUCUGCAAACAGUGAACCUGAUCAGGCUUGACCAAAGCGACUGUGAGCGAUCCCUGCGCACUUCGCUUUCAUACGGUCAGUUCUGCGCUGGACAAUGGCGGGCGGACACCUGUAGCGGUGACUCAGGCGGUCCGCUGUCGAGGAAAAUGUCAAAUGGCCGCAUAACCCGCACCGUUCAGCUAGGUAUUGUCAGCUAUGGUCACUACUUGUGUCGAGGGCCAGGAGUCUACACAUACGUUCCAAGUUUUACUAACUGGAUACUCAGUAUUACCCGCUGGACUCAAAACUGA